UUGGCUGCAGCUGGGUUCUUGAUGAUCAAGGGUUAAUUGAAGUGGUUGUAGAUCAGCUGCAGGAUGGAUCAUGUGUUGUGUUCCUCUCACAGCUCCGCUCCAGCAGUGAUGGACUCAGGUUCUGUGGCUCUCAGCAGGUCCGCUGUGCUGGUGCUGUGCGUGCUGCUGUCCGGUAGUGCGGCUGCUGUGCUGCUGUGUCAUUACUGCCCCCUGCAGGCCGCAGGCACGCGCUGCAACAUCACCACCGAGUGCCUCGAGCACGAGCGCUGCUCCUCCGGCUGGAGGCGUUAUGGGCGUGUGCACGUGCUCGCUCUGCAGGGCUGCUUGUCCCCGGAGCUCUGCGGAUCGAACCAGACUCUCACACACAAGGGCCUCGAGUAUGAGAUCACCUACACGUGCUGCUGUCGCGAUCUCUGCAACACCGCCGCGGCCCCCGAGAGCCUCCUGCAGCUGCUCGGAGUCACCGUCAGUCCCCCGGAUCCACCGAGCUGCUCUGAGCCCUGAGACACACACACCUCUGCUCAAACACACUCUCGCUCUCUCACACACACACACACACACACACACACAGAGUUCUGCGGAGCGCCUCAGGCUGAUGAUACACAGGGCAACUUCUUGGUUAAUGUUGUUAUCAGUGGGCACCAGGUGAGACACAGGGUCCACGACCGAUCUAAAAUAUACACAUAGAAAUAUGAACCAUUCUCCGUGAGAAAGUGGCCAUUGCUCAGACAUGUUGCCCUGUGUAUCAUCAGUCUGACACUAACUAAUGUUGUGUGCACAUGAUGGCUUGUAUUAAUAACUUGAGGAUUUUAUUAAUACUGUUCUUACCAUUAUCACUCAAGCUGGUCUUCAGUCUGGAAACUGAUGAACCGUUGUAAAAAUAAAGCAAGUUUGAGUCUGGUUUCUAUAGUUUUGAGGUAAUUUUCUCACCGAUAAUAUCCCCGUGGUUGUUUUUCCUCACUUUCCUUUGCUUUUAAAUAGCUUAA